UUAGUCGGAACCUAAUGACUCCGUCCAAAAGUUGUCGGGUUACCCAAAUGAUCCAGAAAGCCGUCCACAUGUUUCCGAAGUAGCGGUUUAUCUUCCUCGUGUCUAUAAUCACAGUUUGAAAAAAGGGGAUGGAUGUUGUGUAACCUCCGCUGUUCGUCAAUGGAGAGCUACGCUCCUCGUUUGCUGAAUGCUUUUUUAUCGUGACCCCUCCGUCGCUGGUUCGUUAGAUAGACUAGCUCGUCGGUUAUCGUUUAUUGAUCACUAACCGGGUAACUAGGUAACGGCAACGGGUUGGGAUGACCUCGCCCUAAACUGAAGCCUACGGUAUUGGGAGGAACGGGGACAAGCUAACUGUUAGCCUUGGGAGUUAGCCAAUGUGGCUAGCCGAACGAGCCAUGGAAGGAAUUCUGUACAAGUGGACGAAUUACAUGACAGGUUGGCAGCCCCGUUGGUUCGUCUUAGAGAAUGGCGUCAUAUCCUAUUAUGACAGUGAGGAUGACGUUGGUAAAGGAAGCAAAGGAUCCAUUAAGAUGUCUGUCUGUGAUAUCAAAGUCCAUCCUACAGAUCCAACACGCCUGGAGCUAAUAAUUCCAGGUGAACAACAUUUUUAUGUCAGAGCUGUUAAUGCUGCAGAGAGACAGAGAUGGCUGGUUGCUUUGGGCUCAUCUAAGGCAGGAACAUUAGACAGUCAUAAACACAAAGGUCCAGAUUGUCUGAGGACUAAGAUGUCUGAACUCCGUCUCUACUGUGACCUUCUGGUCCAGCAGGUCCAAACAAUCCAAUCACAAUACACUGCUGACACACAAGCCACGUCCAACUCUGAGUCUUCCCUCCUAAGUGCGACCUGUGCAACCUUCAUCAAGACUUUGGAAGAAUGUAUGACCCUGGCCAACCACAGCUUAACCCCUGAUCUCAGACCACCUGAGCGGAUGAAGAGGUCCAUCAGUCACCCUGGAACAUACAGUUUUGACAGGUCAGGUGUUCCGAAGGAAUUUGUGUUUGGAGGUCAAAGGUCAACUCAGCGCAGGAACAGGACCUGCUCAGACAGUUCUGUCUAUGAUACUGACCGUGUGCUGUCAACUUUCAACAGUGAUUCGUCUUCUAUCCCUGAGGAGAGAACCGGAGCGGUCAGUCCAAAGACCACGGCCACAGACACAGACACUGACCUGUCAAUGUAAUGGUCCGUCCAUUUAAACCUGUUUAAAUCAGCCUCUUCCACAGCCAAGGUCUGUUCAUUGGUUCAAAAGUCCAAAACAGCAGAGUCUUCUUGGCAGCUAUGUGGAGAUGAGAAAAGGUGAGAUGUUGACAUCAUUGUCAUCAUCACAGCCUUGUUAAACUUUGGAACUUGUGACCUAGUCCACAUUCAGAAAUCUCUGCAUGCCCGCUCCACCCAAGACUUUUCUAUUUGUAUGACCUGUAAGCGGGUGUAGUGGAGGAUAAACACACAUAAUCGCCAUUUACCCACCUCUUUAAAUCUGAUAUAGCAUUUACACACACACCCUGGAGCAUUUAUGCAUAGUUAAAUUGCUUGGCAGACUCAAGCCUGGUUCCCUCUUGCAAUUUUUCUUUUGCUCUGGGAUUGCUUGUUUUGUCCUCUACUUUAGUCCAUGUACAGGUUGUGUGUGGUAUACAUAUGUUGUCUUGUGAGCAUGGAGCAGCCAUCAACACACAGCUUACUGGUGGUAGGUGAAAUCAAACGAGC